UAUAUAUAUAUAUACAGCGCCUUUUUGUGACGGAAGCAUAGAUCUAGACUUUGACAUGACUUAUCAUUUGGACCUUCUAAUCCUGCUGGUCUCAGUCUUCCACACUGGACAAGGUGGAUUUCUCCUGACCGCGUCAAGCAAAACUGUGGAAAUCGGUGCCACCCCUGGAUUCCGAUUCGAAUGCAGCUACUGGGGCAACGUUGCCACUUCUGACAUAGUUAACUUGACCUACAUCGAGAUCAAUCGGGUUGACGAUACCGGGAAAUUUGCAUCACUAAUAAGACGGGAUGACCAAGGCAACACCAUAACCUCUAGCAUCCUUGACCCCUCAGCUAUUGUCACUUCAAAGAUGAAUACGAUUGACGACUCAAAUCUUAUAGUCCAGUGGCCCAUAGCAACGCCUGAGACUGCAGGUAAGUUCAGCUGUGACAUCGGAGGCCUCGAUGCCUCUGGGAACAUGAUCAAUGAGCCAUCUCCGGUUGUUAUUGUUAAUGCGACGAACGUCGCGACUACAGACGUCCCCACCUUGAUCAGCACAGCCACAAAAGAAGCAAAGGAUUUCUGCGAGCAUCUAGUCAGUGAAGUAUACAUCAACAUGACGGAUAGGAUAAAUGGAAUACAAAAUGCUUCAUCAAAUUUCUGUGCACAAGGAAGCUGCGACACUUCAGAGCUCAAAGAAAUGAUCCAAAACCAGACAUUGGAACUCAGAUCUAUGCAGACAGAGGUUCUCGAAUUUCGACAAAACCAAAGCCAGUAUAGCGCCUUCGUUGCGGAGAUGACUGCUCAGAAUUUGACUAGAGAAAUGAAAGAUUACUGCGGUAUUUUGGUUAGCGACAUUUACAACAACCUCACCGUUACGAUGGAUGGAAUAACAACAACAUUGAACAGUUCCUGCGCACAAAGCAGUUUAGAAACUAUAGAACUCAAAGAAAUUAUCCAGAACCAGACAGCCGAACUCGGAGCUUUGCAAGCAGUGGUGAAUGAGCUGCGACUAAACCAAAGCCAAUAUAUAUCAUUGGCUAGGGAGCUGAAUGCCCUCAAAGAUAAAGUAGCCCUACUCGCUGAUAUCAAACUUUGGCCAGAGGGAACAUAUGGUCUUCUAAUGCCGGAAUCCGGAUGUCCGGUCAACUCUCACACUUUGUGGGAUUCUGGCUACCGGAAAUUUCUAACUGCUUCCAAUUCCCCAAGCCAAAACUAUGUUGACCCACACACCCACCUAAUGAAACCGACUCUGGAAACGAACAAUGGCGAUAACUUCAUGUAUCUUCAUUUUUGUGUUACCGCUGCGCGAUCUGAAGGGGGGCCAUGGCCCCGAGGCACCUACUGCAUUCAUAAUUUGGGCACCUGCCCUCCUGGUUUUGGCAUGGGCUAUGCCUACAUAAGUGGUGAUAAGAACCACCGCGUGUCCUUCAACAACGGAAGUGUCCCCACUUUGAACUCCGGAGCGGACUACACCCAGAUCUUCUACUGCUGUCGCUCCGACGGUCCAGCGGACGUGGCUAUAUACCUGCCCAACACUGAACCCUUUUACCUUUACAGGUACCAAGGAACAUGCCAGAGAGUUGAAAACAUGAAGGUAGAGACAGAGCAUGUCGUCAUGGAUACCAGUUUCCUGGAUAGGGAGGUCAUGGACUUUUAUGAGAAUAAUUAUCACCCGGAUGGUCAAGUUAACAACUGGUCAUUUGAACUAUGUUACUAUCAUUAAAACAUAAGCUAAGUGUUAAUGCUGUUUUAAUGAACCUUUAAACAAUUUUAUGGACAAUGUUAUUAUGUAUGUUUUAUGGAUUGUUUUAUUUUAAAACACACUUUUGUAUAGCUUAUAUUAACACGGAAAUUUAUAAAGCGUUUUAUUUUCUGUUAUUAAAAUACUAUAUGAUAGA